CCCUAAGUAUUUCUCUCGUUUUCCUGAACGUCCUCAAAUCCAUAUCUCCCUAUAAUCAUGGUCCUUAUAGACUCACUUCGAGGCUUCCGAAUCAAAUCAAGGUAAUUAAGAGACAACCAGACAAUGACUCAUUUUCCUAUCGUUGGUCGCACAUCCGUCGGUAGCUUGGACGACGAUCAAUUUUACAGCGCACAAUCAAGUCGUAUAGCUAGUCGGCACGCCAGCUUAUCAGCUGCACCGCGAAAUCUCCAAGAUGAAGCAGCCCAUGUCGUGAUGCCGUCGGAGCCCCUCGUCUCAGUCUGUCAACCUGGCCGCUCCGCUCCCACGCCGCCACCAGAAGCCCAGAGUCCACCACCGAUGACUGCACCGAAGUCGAGAUGGGCCAUCCCUUUCUCAAUGCGACAUCAUCACAAUCCUAAACAUCGUCAUUUUUGUCCAAGACCGUUAGGUCGCCGCUUUCAUAGGACAUUCCACGGUACAUCAGAUAGUAUUCCGUUACUCCAACCACUCAGGAGCGAAUCGGGUAUAGAUUCGAUCGAAUUUACAAAACCCCUAAUUUCAUCCCCUGCGUCUCCAAACGUAGAUCGCCGAAAUUCGGUAUACGCCGGAAGCCCUUCUCCUCGCUCGGAAAGGUCAUCCUCCUCGGACCCGACUAAUAUAGACCAACAGGGAACGGAUGCAAUCGUAUCCACCAUUCGUGCCUACUUGUCCAGCAGAAGACACAAUGAUUGUUUGCCACAGAUAAAUGUCUCAGCUACUAAUGAGAACUACCCUCCACUAAAGCUUCAGACAGUCCAGGAUGCUCUCCGAAAAGGUCGUUUGGGUCCUGAUGAGAUGAUUGCAGAUACCUAUUUGGUUACCACGGACGAUAUCGCGGGAAUCUUAGAUAUUGUAAUUUCUGGCAUUCGCAGUAUUCAUCGCGGUAGAUACGCAGCCAAAUGUCUUUCGAUGCUGCUACCCAAGGAGUCACUACCAAAGCCUUCCCCUAAUAUCACGGCAAUCGUCCCUGGGUCUCCAAGUAUUGCUGACCCAGCCACAACAAUCAGCUCUGUUCAACCUUCUUUCAGCGUCACUGGAUGUUCUGGAAAUCAUAGACAUUAUCUCGAUGCUUCUAGGACUACAUUCAUAUCUCGACAAAGCAUUACCGAAGUUACUUAGGGUCGAUCUUCGGGCAGUGCAAUUAAAGAGGUACACAAUGAAGAUUAUGCGAGCAUUACCGAAUCGUUAGAGGUCGUUCAUAAUGGCUCUACACG